GCACAUACUAUGUAAGUUUACAAUUGUUUUCUUGGCGGUUAAGUUUUAUUUUGUCAAGAGAUUUUCACAUCAUUUGUAACUUAUAAUUCUAUUUCAAAUUUAUACAUCGUUACCAUUUACCUUUUUAUGCGGUUUUUAUAAAUAUAAAUUAUUUUAUAUAAAUAAUAGUAAUCAUAGAAAACCUUUAUAUUGUUAUGCACAGUUGUAAUUGACAGGAGUAUUUGGAGAUGUAUGCUGUGAAUAUGUACCUGACUUGUCAUUUCUCUAACCUGUCAAAUUGCGACAUCAACUAGAAGUAAAAAAAUACAAAUUUUUCUAUAGUCAUUUUCAUCAUGUUUCAAUAAAAAAUUUUAUAUUUUUAUACACAUUAACAUUGCAAUUAAAAAUAAUGGGAAUUUUACAAUUAGAAGAACAGCCUGCAAUAAUUCAAGCCAUUUUCGCUGGUAUUAUAGAUGAAGUAAAAGAGCUUAUAGAAUAUAAACAAGAUGUAAAUUGUUUAGAUGAAGAGAAACGUACUCCGCUACAUGCAGCGGCUUACAGAGGAGAGACAGCAAUUUGCUCUCUGCUACUUCAGAAUGGAGCUAAGGUUAAUGCUAAGGACAGUAAGUGGGUUACUCCUUUACAUAGAGCUUGUUCAGUAGGAGCAGAUGGAGUCGUACAAUUACUUCUUAGUUAUCAAGCAGAUGUUAGUGCUAGAAAUAAAUUGUGGCAGACACCAUUACAUAUAGCUGCUGCUUGUGAUGCUUAUAGUUGUGUAGAACAAAUUUUACAUCAUGUCCCAAAUCAAAAUGUGAGAGAUAGAUCCGGGAGAAGUGCACUUCAUUACGCAGCUUACAAUGGACACACUAGCAUUUGUGAACUUUUAAUAUCAAGAAAUUGUAUGGUUAAUGCUUGUGAUAAACGAGAUUAUAGACCUUUACAUUGUUCUGUCCAAAUGGGCCACACUGACACUGCCGAAUUAUUAAUCAAGUAUGGAGCUGACGUAAAUGCUAAAGACAGAAAUCAGUACACACCUUUACAUGUUGCUGCUGCUAGUGAUGUUGAGAGUGUAUGCAGAUUACUAAUAAAUUCAGGAGCUGAUGUGAAUGCACAAAAUGUUUACGGAAAUACCCCUCUACACAUAGCUUGUUUGAAUGGACAAUCAAACAUAGUUCAGGAUUUACUUGAUUCUGCAGCAAAUAAAAACGCUACAAAUUUUCGAGGGCAGACUCCUUUGCAUAUAGCUGCAGCUAGUACACAUGGAAUGGAUUGUUUAUUGGUUCUGUUAAUUUAUGAUGUUGAUAUUAACUAUCAAAGCUUAGAUGGAAGGACUGCCUUACAUAUGACGGCUAUUCAUGGAAAAUUUAUGAGGAGUAAAUCGCUCAUUGAUUAUGGUGCUCAUAUUGAUGUUCCAGAUAAAAAUGGUUGUACACCUCUUCACAUUGCAGCUCAGUAUGGUCAUGAUAUACUAGCUAAUACAUUAUUAAAUUUUGGAGCAAAUCCAUUGAGCAAAGGAUAUGAAGGUAGGACACCCCUUCACAUGUGCUGUCUUUCAGGUUAUGUAGAAUGUGGACGAAAGUUCUUGCAAUAUGUUGUUAAUCUUAAUGAUAAAGAUGAUACUGGCAAAACACCAACUCAUUGUGCUGCUUAUAAAGGAUCAUACGAGUGCCUAGAUUUACUCGUCAGCAAUGGUGCUAAUUUUAGACUAACAGAUAAUCUCCUACGUCUUCCUAUACAUUAUGCAGCAUCUCAGGGUCAUUACCAGUGUGUAUUUACGUUAGUUGGGAUUGGUAGUCCAGUAAAUGAUGUAGAUAUUGAAGGGUGUACUCCUCUACACUUGGCUGCUGCCUACGAUCAUGAUAGUAAAUGUGUCGAUUAUCUCUUAGAUCAUAAAGCAGAUCGAAACAUGAAGGAUAAUAGAGGAUUCACUCCUUUACAUUAUGCAAUAGCUGGUGGUAACAUUAAUGGUGUACGACGACUGUUGAAAAAUGAACAGACUGCCACAGAGAAGAAAGAAGAGGGUGAUGAAAUUAAAAAAAUGAUGGCAAAGUGUUCCGUAGAUAUAACACCAUUACAUCUAGCAGCCAAAUUGGGCAAUUUGGAAAUUUUAAAAAUGGUGAUGCCUUUUUUUCCUGAUGUAAAUAUUAGAACUAAUCAAGGAAUAACGCCCUUGCUGUUGGCAGCAAGGGAAGGACAUGCACAAUGUGUUCAUUUUUUACUUCAUUUUGGUGCCAAAGUUGCUGUAGCUGAUUACAUUAAUAAUAUGACUCCUGUUCAUUAUAGUGCCAAAAAUGGACAUUCACAAUGUUUGAGUUUGUUACUUCACAACAGUGAGGAUGAAAAUGUUGUUAACAUGCUUGAUAGGCAACAUCGAACAGCUUUGAUGCUAGCGGUUUCUGGGAAUAACCUCAAAUGUGUCCAUACAUUAUUGAAGUUUGGUGCAGAUCCAAAUAUAGUGGAUACUGAUGAUCAUUCUUGUCUUUUUAGAGCGGUAGUUAGUGGGCAAGAUGGAGUCGUGGAACUGUUACUGUCCAGUAAUGCAACAGUACAAACAACAGAUAUUAAUGGUAAAACUGUAUUACAUUUGGCAGCAGCAUGUGGACAUCUUAAUUGCAUGCAGAUGAUACUUAAUUAUAUGAGUGAGGAACAAGUAAGAGCUAAGGACAAACAGGAAUGUACUGCUCUUCAUUGGGCUUGUUACCAUGGCUAUGCAAAUUGUGUGGAAUAUUUAUUGGAAAAAAAAAUUUUUAAAGAGCUGGAAGAAAAUUCUUUCUCGCCUAUUCACUGCGCUACUUUUUCAGGGUCAGAUAAGUGCCUAGAAUUAUUAGUCAAUUAUUUUGGAAAGCAAAUAGUUAAUUUGUCGGACCGUAGAAAAAGGACGCCAUUACAUAUAGCAGCUUUACAUGGUCAUGCUGAAUGUGCCAAAUAUUUGAUAGAACAAGGUGCUAAUAUUGAAGUUUCUGAUGAGGAGGGUCGAACGCCUUUCAUAGCUGCUGCUCAAUAUGGACAGACUCAAAUUGUUGAACAUUUAUUAACUUGUAAAAUUGACCCUACUACUUGUGAUAGACUUGGCAAUACCGCGUUGCAUUGGGCAUGCUUGAAAAAGCAUAACCAGACUGCCUUAUUAAUUUUAGAAGAUUGUGAAGGGGAUACAGUUGUCAAUAUAGCAAAUAAAGAUAAAAAAACCCCACUCCACAUUUCUGCAAGAAAUGGUUUAGUAGAUAUAACUCGGGAGCUAUUGAAAAAAGGUGCAUCUGUCGUAGCUGUAGAUAAUGAAGGAAUGACACCUGCUCUAAGUUGUGCUCCUAAUAUUAACGUCGCGCGAUGUUUGGCGUUAAUUUUCCAGACGUUUCCUUCCAUUAACACAGGGGAAGGAGAUCUUCCGAACCAACCCUGUCCUUACCAAAUCUUCUCCCUAACAAAAGAAACUAAGGAUGAAUAUUGUCAGGCUUCCAUUCCGGAACAACAAUUUAAGUAUCCAGUGAAAAAAUGUAUUCCAAACACACAGAGAAAAAAUCCAGUUCACAUAAUUACUGAAGAAAAUUCUGAUUGUUUUAUAAAAGAAAAUGAGGAUGUAAGUGACACUCCUGUGGAUACUACCCCUGAAAAGUUGGGCACUAAUUUACAUAAAUCACAGAGUUGUAUGUCUCUAAUAAAUUCCAAGGAGCUUAAAUUGACUUCAUAUAAAAGGAAACCAUGUAGGGAGUGUUUGAAAUUGCAACACAAAUGUCAGGAAUGUAGCUUAAAAUUGAAUUUGAAAAGACAUCUUAUUGGUAAAACUUCUCGUGAAGAUUUCCAGAAUUUUAUCGCAAAAUGUUUGACAGAAUCGACUCCAGAAUAUCAGCUUUUAUUUAAUAGCAGUUUAGAGAGUGUUGGACGAGAGUUAGGUCUAGAAGAACGGAUAUUCAAGUUUGAUAAAAGUAAACCUAGCUAUUAUCAAAGAAUGCUCAUAAAUAGACAUAAAUUACAUGCAGCAGCCAAGAAAAAUAAGACUAAUAAAUCUGAAAUAUCCACGAAAUCUGAAUUUUUCCUUAAAAACGAUCCGGUAAUAACGCAACUGAUACAAAAUUAUAUAAAUGCCGUCCGAGAUAAUUCUGGACAUUUUUCAGGACAAUCAUGUACAGAUGAAAAGUCAAAUGCAUUAAAAUCAUCAGUAUCUCAACCAAUCAUUCAAGCUAAUGAAAAACAUACAAAAUUGGAAAAAAAUAGGAGUGAAACUCAUAUCGGAAUUUCUAAACAGAUGGAUUUUGAUGAUACUCACAAAAGCAUGGAAAAAAUGUUUAGUAGCCUUGAAGCAGAAUACAGUUUACUUCAGAGGAAAAAGUCAAAAGCGGAGGCGGCUUGUUGUAUUAUUUGAAUAAAAUAUUAAUAAUUUAGCCGUAAAGUAUUUCAGUUGAAAAUAAAAAAAUAGAAUAUCA